AUGCCGGCUACUACGCUUAAGAGCGGCCUUAUGGCCUGCAAGGCCACGGAAAUGGGCAGCUUCGCCGCAGCCCUCGAGGACCACAAAGCCGACUGCCUGCAACGCCUCCACACCUACAAAAGCACCGUCAAAGAAACGCAGUGGGAAAAUACCGGCGACGAAGCCGGCCGCCCAUUCUCCGAUGAGGAAAAAGCCCAUCUCCCCAUCGCCACCCAGAUCCCCAGAACCAAGAGGGGCUCUCCAGUCUUCCCACCACCCUACACCCGCCUCAGCGAUGAACUCGUCUACCUCGCCACAAAAUGGGUCAAGGUCGGCGACCGCGCCUCUUACUACCCAUACGACUUCUCCGCCAAGGGCGACAUCAACCCAGACCGCGUCCCUACGGGCCCGGGCCCUAUCGUCUGGGCCCACGGUCUCCCCUUCUUCCCUGUUUUCCGGGGCUACUACGUCCUCACAGGUCGCGAGCACGCCUCCUGGAUAGGCUGGAUUCUGCGCGAGAAAACCCACCAGAACACCAAGAACUGGCCGAUGUGGACGAUCGGGCCUGUAGUCGCGCCCGCCGCCGCCGUGCAGCUGGAGCGGAGUGUGAUCCGCCAGAUGUACGUGCACAAGCCGGUGAAGGCGACGGAUUACGAGAAGCAUUCGGAGAAGACGCCGUGCGCCCGCGACGUCGUGUCCAUGCUGCAUACGCAUGGCACGGUGCUCCCCAUGCCGGAGGGCUUCAUUGUUGCGCCGCUGGUCAAGUUCCGUGGCUACAAGGUCCAUGUUGGGCCUCCCGGUGGUGGGAUGUCGGCUGCGCGUAUCCCGGGCUCUUACUACAGGGACAAUCAUAUUAGCGGGAAUUAUUACGAGGCUGCGCGGAGUGCUCCGUACGUGAACCAGGCUAGUCCCGGGGUCUGGGAAGGAGGACAUAUUGUUGGCAAGGCUCAUUUCGUCAAGGAAGAUGAGGAUCGGGAAGAAACGCUUGAGAAUCAUGCUGCAGGAGCCCCUCAGAAAGAAAAAGAAGCUCAGAAGGAAGAUGAUGAGGAUGAACCGAUGGAUGAUGAGCCCCAGGCGGAGGAGCACUCGCCUGGCCCGAGCCAGGAGCAGGCCAAGGUUGUGUCUGACGCUGAGGUCGCCCAUGACACUCAGCAUGAAGAUAUUCUGCGCGUCACUUCUGAUGUUGUCGAGAAGAAUGGCCACUCCAUCCUAUUUGAAGAAGAUCCUAUUGAAACACAACACGCUAAGGAUGCCACCAACGAAGCUCAGCCAACGGCUGAAGUAGCGGACGACAUUGAGAGCAAGGACGUACCUAUGGAAACUUAUACGAAUGGCCAGGCUUAUCAGGAGCAUGCAGAAUAUGAAGAGGUAAAGCUUAUUGUGGAGGAGGUGGAAAGGACGAGUGAACGGAUUCGCGGAAGUACCCACCAGCGACACCAAUAUGGCUAA